CGAUCUCUUUCAUUUUAGUUCCAAUUUAUUGAUACAAUACAACUGUUAAAAUGGGGAAAGUUUUCUUUAGUAAGAAGCAAAAGGCACAGAUGAGAGAACGCCGAAAGAAAAAGAAAUUGCAUUCGCAAGAAAAGAACCARUCUUCAAAUAACGACUGUACUUCGCCUAAUGAUCGUGUCGACCAGAUUUCUUUGAUUGUUAACAACGAAGGGAGCCAUGUGGAAAAUGUCGCGAAAUCGACAAACAAGAAAAGACAACGUGURGAUGAUGACGGUGAUGUAGUGACGGAAAUAGCUACUUCGGUCGAUUCAGACGGAAAGAAAAAGAGACCCAUCGAGUUGACGACCAGAAAAAUUGCACGGACUCUUUAUGUCCUACUUCCGUCGGAUAUGUCGGCGAAAGCUGCGAAGAAGUUUCGGAAGGAUGCCAGGCGCGAAAUUCGACAAUCGAAACAAAUCAACUAUAACGAAGACGAUUAUGAUGAUAUCGACUUUGUUACACAGGAAGACAUGCCGUCAAUAGUGCAACCUUCCAAGAAAAAGAAGAAGCAGAACCAAUUUCCUUCCAUCAAAGAUCUACUCAAACAAAAACACCAGCUCGAAGAGAUACAGAAAGAAGAGUCGAAACUCCAAGAAAAGCUUAAUGCAAUUCCCGAAGUUGUUCGGGAAAAAUACGUAGCUCUGGAUUGUGAGAUGGUGGGUAUUGGAACCGACGGUAAAAAGUCUGCCCUGGCACGAGUKUCGAUCGUCGAUUGGAAUCUGGAAGUMAUCCUUGAUACAUAUGUCCAGGUACCAGUGCGCGUGACAGAUUUUCGUACUCAUGUCAGUGGAGUGGAAGCAAAGCACAUCAAGAGUCAAAAUAAUGCUAUGCCUGUCAAAGAAUGCCGGGACAAGGUAGCAAAAAUAUUGAAGGGCAAGAUUUUAGUGGGUCACGCAUUGACUAAUGAUUUCAAAGCGCUAAUGACCAGUCAUCCAAAGGAUAUGAUUCGAGAUACAGCAAAGUAUCGACCCUUUCAACGAUACGGUAACGCCAAGUGGCGGGCAAGAAAGUUGAGAGAUUUGGUCAAAGAGAAUCUGAAAGGGAAAGAGAACUUUCAAGAAGGAGAGCACGACUCUGUUCAGGAUGCGAAAGCUACUAUGGAACUAUUCCAAGUUGUUUUUUCUCAGUGGGAAAAAGAGCUUGAGUCUAAGAAGAGAUAAUACUGAUUUAUCACCAAAAUUUCCAG